ACUAGGAGCAGCGGGAGGCCAAGACGCUGGGGCGGAACCGCAUCUGGCGGGCGCCCGGGUGGGCCGUGCCCGGAGCCACCUGCCCUCGUCUGUUUGGGGGACCGCUAGUUCCCAGCCCAGAGCAUGUUCCAGAUCCCAGAGUUUGAGCCCAGUGAGCAGGAAGACUCCAGCCCUGCAGAUAGGGGCCUGGGCCCCAGCCCCACAGGGGAUCAACCCCCAGGCCUUGGCAAGCACCUGCAGACGGCCCCAGGCCUCCUAGGGGAAGCUGGUCACCAGCAGGGGCAGCCGGCCAGCAGCAGCCACCAUGGAGGCGCUGGGGCUGUGGAGACGCGGAGUCGCCAUAGCUCGUACCCCGCGGGGACCGAGGAAGAUGAGGGGAUGGAGGAGGAAGAGCUUAGCCCUUUCCGGGGACGCUCGCGGUCAGCGCCCCCCAACCUUUGUGCUGCACUGCGUUAUGGCCGCGAGCUCCGGAGGAUGAGCGACGAGUUCCAGGGCUCCUUCAAGGGACUUCCUCGCCCGAAGAGCGCGGGCACAGCCACGCAGAUGCGACAAAGUCCCAGUUGGACGCGCGUCAUCCAGUCCUGGUGGGAUCGGAACUUGGGGAGAGGAGGCUCCGCCCCCUCCCAAUGACCCGUCCCACAGCCCGAAACCCCCCCCCUUUCCCGGCGCCGCCGGCGGCCAUCUUGGGUGUGGGCGGAAGUCUUUUCCGCAGCCUUUAUGCAAGAAAGAGGAUCAGUCCUUUCCUUUUCGAAGGAGGCGAUCUGACCCAAAGCCCGAUUUCCUUCCGGUGUGUACGAAGAGCACGGAGGGGUUUGUCCCCGUCGGAAGUUUUGAAGUUUUAUCCGCUCUUAGCCGCCGGAAGUGGCACUGUGACCCCGCCCCCGGCGCUGGGCUACUCCCAUCGUCUGCAAGUUGCAAUUCGGCGAAAUCCUGACUUCUCACCAGAACCCUUUCCUCCGCGGUGUCGCUGGGGGCCAUUGCUUGCAGUGACAUGUACUUAAUAAAGCCCGCGUUUGUGCC